AUGACAAUUGUUGGAUUGGUAGUACAACAACAUAAUGGUAAUAUAUUAUUUCAAAAUGUACGAGAAUAUCUUUCACCAGAAAAAGCAAAUUUAGCAUCUAAAGCAUUUUUAAAUCAGAUUUCAGCAUAUGACAAUGCAUUUAUUACAAAAGGAUCAACUAGUCAUUUAUCAGGAUCGAUAGUUGUUAUGAAUAUGUAUAGAGUUUAUUAUAUGAUAUUGAAUGAAUUGUUUAUUCUUGCGAUUGCCCAUGCCAAUGAUAACCCCUAUGAGGGUGCCCUCUAUUUGGCGCGUGUCAAGCGACUACUGCUCACCGCAGCCAAGGAGUUGAAUGAAGUGCAGCUACAGAAGAAAUACAACGAAAUCUAUUUUGGCAUGGAGAGAAUAUUGUUUGGCGAGGACGGUUGCGAUGUGCUGACGCAGCGUCUCAGCGAGGUGGCGCCACACGUCAUGUCGGCAGAGUCUGCCGGUGGCGCCGUCGGUGGCACCUCCACACAACAGAGUGGCCAAUCGUCGGGAAACAGCGUUGUAAACAAUCUGCCAUCGCUACCGUCACUUCCCUCGCUGUCGUCGUCGUCGGCGCCACAGAUUGGCGGUGUCGGAGUCGGUGGAAAGAUACUGGACGCGCUCGGUGCCGCCAACACCGGAAUCGGUGGAUCGAGCAUACCAAGCGAUCAAUACCAGAAGCAAUUAGUACAACUAUCCAAAUUCGAAUCUGUCAGCUUGAAUGACCGUAUUUUAACAGUGAGUAGUGGUGGCGGUUCUGGUGGCGGUGCCAACGGCAGCGGCGACACCACCAGUCAAAACAAGUCGGCGCGCCACAUAUACGACCCGCCUACCAUCACCACCAAAUGGGGUGGAAAGACUGGAUCGACCAUUGCCACACGUGUAUCGAAUCGUGUCAUGUUUACACUGCGUCAUCCAAACGCAUCAAUGCAAAACAACAACAAUAAUAAUAACAACCAGUUACAGGUCAGCGGUGGCGACCAAGAGCCAUUCCGACCGGAAUCAACGACCGAAGAUUUAGAUUUACCAACAACCAAUAAUAAGAAUAGCAAUAAUAACAGUAGUAGUAAUGAUGGCAGUUCAGAUUCACAACCGGCAUCGGCCACUCUCGACAGAAAAUAUACACUUUCGAUGCCAAGCACCAACAAAAAACCACUAAAUACACCACAAACACCAGAUACAUCAUCAUCUUCACUAUUAUCAACAUCUCCAACCACCACUGGAAGCAAUCAUCUCGAUCUCAAAAGAUCCAAUCUAACAUCGUCAAACUCUAGCGAUGGUCAAAGCACUGAUGCCUCAACAGCUUCAAUCAUCAAUGAUCGUUCAUCAUCUGAAAGCAAAAGAAUGAAAAGAAACUUGGACACGGAUCUCUAUCCUGAAACAAAGGCCCUUAGAGAAGCUAAAACAAAUUUUCCAGCUACCAUUCAAAUUGGUAUCCCCACUUGGACAACAGCUGACACCAUUCCUAUUGAUAUGUAUCUCAAAUGGACGUGGUCACAAGAUCCAACAAGUAUUGGUGUCUCAGUACCAACUGGCUAUGACAAGAAGCCUGAUGCGUAUGUGAAAGAGGUAGAUGGUCAGAGUUUAUUGUUAACCUCUUCUACUAAUUUAAAUCUUAGAACAAUUCAAAUUGAUUAUUUAGUAGCCCAUUUCAAACAUCAUCUUAUACAUGUAUUUACAAAAGUAGCUAAAGCCUCUCACUUUUUUUGGAGAAUGAUGGUGUCUUCAUAUUUGGGUGCACCGAUUAGAGCAACAGAUCGAUCCAAAAUAAAAACCUUAUUAAUAAUAACCAAUGAUAGUUUUGAUAAUCUAUGUGGCCAACACCGAGUGGAGUUAAAUAUUCUUUGCAAUCGAUGCAAUGAAACUAUAUGUGCAAAGUGUAUCUAUGAUCCAAAGCAUAGAGAUCAUUUCGCAGAGACAGAGCUGAUCGACCACAUCGGUGAGUCGAUCAUCAACGAACAAAAUAAUGUUACCAAACCAAACAAGCCCGAGGAAAACGUCGUUAAACAACGGUUGGAUCUGUUAUGGAAUCUCAUCAAGAAGCAAGCAGCCACCUACCAACUCACCCAAGACAAAGUGGCCGAUGUCUCCACUGAGUUCCGAAAGUUCCACGAGUCACUGAUGCUCGACGAACACAAGCUGAAAAAGUCACUGGUCGACGCCAAAGACAGCAACUACCAAGCGGUACAAGUUCUACUCCAAGAGAUCCAAUCGUUCAAAACGAUCGAUAAUCUGAAAUUCACUUGUACACCCAGUGCUCUAAGCGCUAGCAAUUGUAAUAUUAGAGAUAGUCUAGAUAGUAGCAGUGGUGGCGUCGCUGUUGGAAUAAGGGAGAGCUAUAACAGUGAGGAUGGAAUUUCCUCUUCUUAUGACCAAUCGGAAGAUACAACCGAUCGUUACGAUAUGGAAUCAAUUAUAAAGUCGGUUAAUCAAAGUGAUUCGUUGGAGCAGUUUUGCAAAGUUCACAAAUCUACACUUUUCUAUAGCGGUGGACAAACCGCUGGAAUGGACCAAGACGAGAUUCAAAGAUUGAAGCAACAGGAGCAAUUCAACAUGAUGAAAACAAUCCAAAGACAUUUCAGAAUAUUCAACAAUGAGUAUAUUAACAAACUUCAAGAUCCAACACAAUACUCUCUCAAGAUAGAACGUCCACUCCUCAACAAACUAAUGACAAAGAUAAAUGAUUGUAUUCAUUUAGAGAAAUCAGUAACAACAACAACAACAAAUGAACAAUCAAAUGAAACAAACAAUGGUGAAGGUGAAGGAGUAGAGGAAUUUGAUUAUAUAUUCUCGGUGGCUGAAGAUGGACACUGUUCGAUUUUCGAUCUACAAAAGAUGACUAUCGAUAUCAUACCAGCGGUGACUGUAACAAAAUAUACACUGCAAUCGGUUAUAUGUGCACGUGAUAACAGUGUCUAUAUAUUCGAUGGUCAUCCCAAUCGUUACUACCGCUUCAACAUGACGACUCAACGCAUCGAUAAAUCGGAACCGAUCACGGGUAUCAGCUGGGCAUACUCAAUCACAACUUGUUACGACGGUGACAAGUACAUCUAUUUAACCGGUGGACAAUCGACCAGUUCCAACAUUAGCAGAGUCGAUCGAUUCAACAUUGAAACACAGCAGUUUGAGAAACUUGGUUCAACAGGUUCCAAGAACUUCCAUGCGCUCUCGUUCUAUCACAACGACCAGGUCUAUAUCGUGGCGAAUCGUGACGGCAAGGAACAUCUACUCUCGUUGAUCGCCUUCAACGUCAAAACUCACGCGGUGAGCAUCAUCAUCCAGGACAUGGGAUUCCACAUCUCCACCGAUUGUAUCUGUUUCGACGGCAAGGAACUCAUCUACUUUGUCGACUACUACAACAACUUCUAUUGCACGUCUAUAGUCACCAAGAUGAAGAAACUCCUCGAUAAUCCACCCAAUAUCAAACCUUUCUCAAUGAUCUAUCGUAAGACACUCGAUCACGAACUGGAUGAAGUCGGCUACAUCUACAUGGAAAUUGUAUUUUUAUUAAGAAUAAAAUGUUGUACUACAUUAAAACUAAACAUUCAAAAGGAAGCUUGCACUUUUAGUUCAUUGUCAUCUUUGUUGACCCCAAAUUCACCAAGAGGAGGAUCAGGAUCAGGAGCAGCAUCAUCAAGUAAUAAUAAUAAUAGUGCAAGUAGUUCGGUUAUUGGUCAAUCAGGUGGUUCUAUACAAUCACAUCAUAGUAUGAUGAAUCAAUCGAAAGACGGUGCUUCAACAACGACGACACACAAUGCAGUACAGCCACAUGUAUUGGCGUCUUCUUCAUCGUCGUCCUCCUUCUCAAUGACAAUGUCAAAUAAUUCCGUGUCGACAGCGGCAGCCGAAGAGAAACUAGAGAAACUGAGAGAUAUCACUACAAAGACCAUCGAUAAUAUCAUAUUCAAAAUUACAGAGAUGAAGAGAGAGAAACAAUUCCUUCAAUCCUUCAAGGAGGUAAUGAGAAUUGCAGAGUCACUCGUUGAUAUCGAGAGAAUGUUAGAGACUGUCGAUCCAGAACCAUAUUUAGCAUCUUCAUCUAAUCAACAACCACCACAACAACAAUUCACACCAAGAGCAUCAACAUUAAUGACACAACAACAAUCAUCAAACAACAACCCCACUGAAAAAACAGAUUCUGCUGCUGAACUUAUCAAAAUUAUACAUUCAAAAUCAAAUCAAUCAAAACGUGGUUCCAAAAUUACUGAAAGAUCAACUAAUAGUAUUGAUUCGCUACAUACUGUGUUGCAACAAUGUUUGGAUAAUAUUAGACAAAAGAUAUUGGCAAUCAAGAAACAUCUCUCUUUUGAGCAAUCGACUACUAUUGUUUUGAAAUACGGUGAAAUCAUUAGAAACAUUAGAAAUCAAUUGAAUAGUAUUAGAACAUUGUCACUGCCAGACAAUGUUAUGUUGUGUGACGGUGAGAAGCUUUUACUCAAAGUAGAGUGUAGAUAUCAUCUCUACGACAAUAUUUCUGUACAACAAUUAACAAAUAGCAAUGUAAACAGCUACAGUGGUCAUUCCAACAACAACAACAACAAAGACAAAGACAUCUCUACAAAUGAAGAGGAAUACGUCAUUGGUACAAUGUUUUUAACAAACUUUCAAAUUAUAUUCUAUGGAAUUCAUCAAAAUCAACAUUUCAAGAAAUCAUUUAGUCUUCAUUCAAUAACAAAGAUGUAUAAAUCAGGUAAGAAGAAAUCGAUAGGUGACUUUUCAUAUCGUUUGAAUUUCCUUUGUAAAGAUGCCAGAACCAUUUCGUUGUCAUUCGAUAAAACCACCAAUGCAUUGAAGGAUGUCAGAAAGUGUGUGGAUAACAUCAUUUCCAACUCGCUGUUUUGUUUCGUCCAUCGCUCGGAAUUCACAAGUCCAGAGGUUCAGAAUCUCGGAUGGAAUGUUUACAGUCCACGCGAUGAGUACGCUCGUAUGGGUGUGCCUUCUGUCGACUGGAAAUUCAGUCAUUCCAACACCACCUACUAUCUCUGUGAUUCGUAUCCCUCGAUGAUCGUUGUUCCCGAGUCGAUAACCGACGAACACUUGAAAGCAGUUGCGCAAUUCCGUUCGAAAGGAAGAAUACCUGCGCUCUCCUAUCGUCACUGGAGCAACAAGACCUCGAUUACACGUUGCAGUCAGCCACGUGUUGGAAUCGGAAGAAAUCGUUGUGAGGAAGAUGAAUUCAUGUUGAAUGCUAUCAGACUGACUUCCUCGUCGACACCAGUCAAUUCCACCAGUCCAGAUCGUGUUAAGCAAUCCGGUGACAAAACACUCUAUAUUAUUGACGCGCGUCCCUAUGCCAACGCCGUCGGUAACAGAGCGAAAGGUGCCGGGUGGGAAAUCAUGACAAACUACCCGAAUUGUGAAAUCGAGUUUAUGGACAUUGCUAAUAUUCAUGUAAUGCGUAAUUCAUUGUUAAAGCUAAGAGAUGCAGUGGAGUCGAGUAUCAACAAGGAGAGUCAGUGGUUUGCAAACCUAGAGUCGAGUGGCUGGUUCCAACACAUGAAGUUGAUUAUGGCCGGUGCUGUCAGAGUUGCCAAGUUGAUUCACAUUCAACAUUCCAAUGUGUUGGUACAUUGCUCCGAUGGUUGGGACAGAACAAGUCAAUUGGUUGGUCUUGCAGAGAUACUGUUGGAUCCAUACUAUCGUACCAUUCGGGGUUUCCAGGUUUUGAUCGAGAAAGAAUGGCUGUCUUUUGGUCACAAGUUUGCACAUCGUUGUGGACAAGUCUAUGGAAAGGAUGAAGACGAACGUUCACCAGUGUUUAUUCAAUUUUUAGAGGCUGUCUAUCAGAUUAUCAACCAAUUCCCAAGCAAAUUCGAAUUCAACUCACAUUUCUUGCGUCUCAUAUAUGUUGCUACGUACAGUGGUAAAUAUGGUAAUUUCCUGUACAAUACGGAGCGUGAACGUUUGAGUGCCUGUAGUAAAACCAUUAGUCUUUGGCUGGACAUUGAUCAGGUGAUAGCCGAUUGUAUCAAUCCACUCUACCAAGGAUCCGAUGAGAAAGAUGUACUAUUCCCAGAUUGCUCGAUCAAGAAAAUGAAGAUUUGGAAACAGAUUUAUUUCCCACUGUCAGAGACAGAGUACUACGAAUCCGAAGAGAAACUCAUCAGAAAUGCGCUGGAGAAAUUGAUUGAAGAGAGAGCAGCACAAUUCAUUAGACAACAUCCUUUGAUUCCAUAUCGUGCACACACAGCAUCCAUCUCACUGAGACGACCAACCAUGUCACAACAACAGAUGGUCAUUUCAUCGAACAGCAGCGGCAGCAGUCAAUCCCAAAUGGAUCUCAGAGAGAAUGAAAACAAUUUUGUUAACGAUCAAAAACUGAAUGUACCAACAGCAACAACCAAGUCAUCAUUAUCCUCAUCACCUUCUUCACCAUCAUCUUCAUCGUCACCUUCGAAAUCAGUCAGUUCAGAUAUAAAGAAAACAUCUUCUCCAAACAAUGGAUUCAAUUCAUUGAGUAGAAGUUUCUUUAGAAAGAAAGAGAAUUCAAAGAAAUAA